AUGCUAUCUAAAGUGCUUAAACCAAGACAUUUACCAUCUAUAUAUUCGUAUGGUCGAAGAAUGGAAGGAAUCAAAACGUACGAAGAACUAUUUAAUCUUAAUGAAAUAUUACUUCAAACCGAAAAAAAUUAUGAUGUUGUCAUUUAUGCAGGCGAAGGAAAUAGCGUAAAAGUUUUUCAUGCACAUUCAUUCAUUCUAUAUUCUCGAUCAUCUUAUUUCGAAACUGCUCUCUUUAAUAAAAAUUAUACUCAAAGUUAUGAUAAAACCUUUACUUUUACAAUAAGCAAUAUUUCUGCAAUAAUAUUUAGAGUAAUUUUAAGAUAUCUGUAUACUACAGAAAUUGAUACGAGUAAAUUGGAUGGACCUGAAAUUUUACAAUUAAUAGAGGCAGCAAAUGAGUUAGAACUUGACAAGAUUAUAGAUUAUUUAUUAGCAAGAGACAAUUUAACUGAAAUCGUUUUAAGCAAAUUGAAUAAUACAGAAGUUUUACGACUUAUAAUAAGAAUAAUUGAACUAAAUUUUAGUUUAAUUUUACAAUAUGAAUCAGAUUUUGAAACAAUUUUAGAAAAACUAAAUAUUGAUGAAAUUUUAUAUAUUAUGAAAACAGAUAAUAGAUCUGAAAUUAAACAAUUUUUUGAUAAUAUUUUAUCAAGUACAGAAGCUAUCAACCCUUUCUUAAGUAAAUUGAAUGGGGGCAAAAUUUUACAAUUAUUAGUAACAGCUAAUGAAUUUCAAUACAAACAAAUCGUUAGUAAUUUAUUAAUGAAUGUUAGAGCUAUUUUAGGUGAAUUAAAUAAAUACGAAAUCACUCAACUUAUGAUAGUUGCUAAAGAGUUAAAGCAUAAUAGAAUUACAGAACGUUUAUUUUUAAGCGUGGAUUUUGCAAAUAUUAUUUCCGACAAUUUAAAUUGCGUAGAGAUUUUGGAUUUAUUAUUAAAAGCUAAUCAGAUGCAACAUCAAAAAUUUUUUAAUCAUAUGCUAAACUUUAUAGAUCAAAGAUUAGAAGAAUAUAUGCAUAUUGAUGCAUUUAUCAUAAUGCAAAUUAUUUUUAGUAAUGAUGCAUUUAAGUCUCUCCAUGAUCAAUGCCUUCAUAUUAUAUGUAUCAACCCUAAUUUAUUAUUUGAACAUCGAAAAUUUACUCAAUUAGAUAAAUCAAUUCUAAUGCUUAUAUUACAACGAGAUGAUUUGGGAACGUUAAGUGAAAUAAUUAUCUUGGAUUAUUUAAUGAAAUGGGGUAUUGCUCAAAAUUCGACUAUCCUUCCAAAUCAAUUUAGAAAAUGGAGGAAAAAAGAUUAUGAUAUAUUAGAAAAGACUAUUCAUGACUUUAUUCCUUUGAUUCGUUGGUAUCAAAUGCCGCAAGAUGACUUUAUGAAAUACUCUGAAUUUCUUAAAAAUAUUAUAUCAACAGAACCAAUUCUUAAUUAUUUUCGUUAUAAUAUAAUGCCACCACGAGGUACUACAAUUCUAUCACAGAGAUACAUAUUACCUAAUCAUAUGUUUCUUGUUAAACCAGGGCAGUUUGAUCUUAUUGCAAGUUGGAUUGAUAGGAAAGAUUUGAAAACAACUUCAUCAAUUAAUAAUGAGCAAAUUUCAAAUGAUUCCUUGUAUUAUGGACCAACCGUAACACUUAUUAAAAUUAUGGAUAUGGGACUAUUUGGUGGUUACAACGAGUUAAAUGAUCUUAAUACUUCUAACAUUUCACGUGUUAUAAAGAACUGUUUAGCAGAAAAAUGUUAUUCUCUUCAUGGUCCAUGUUUCGGUUGGAACAAAAAACAUACAUUUAGCAACGCCGAUAGCCAUGAUAUAUAUAUAAAUUCAAAUUGGUUAUAUAUUUGUCAGAGAUUUAUUCAUCAUAGUCAUCCAAAUUUUAGAAAAUUUCAAAAAUUACAAACAAAAUCUAGGUAUGAGAUAGAAGACUUUGAAGUUUGGCAAGUUGUUAAAAAAUACAAUCCUUCUCAAUAA